ACAGACCUGGUCCCAGUAACACCAUCCCUCUUUUACCCACCAGACCUAUUCAACUUAUUCAACAAUUCCUUGCGGGUGUAAUAAUCUGAGUCGAUCUAUAAAAGACUGGACGUAAAAUAAAAAAAACAGGAAAAUUGAUGUUUAUGGUUGUGGUUUGGGAUCAUCUUUAAGUAGAAGGAGCGUAAAGAGGCAGGAUUCACUGGAGGGACAGAAGCACUCACCCGAUACGAUGAGGCCGUCUGUGUUUUUCUACCUCACCUACGCACUGUGUGUGUGUUUGGGCCUGCUCUGUCUGCUGUUUGUGACGUACUGGAACUCCCACUGGAGAGGUGGUUUCUCCUGGGAUGGCUCAGCUCUGCAGUUCAACUGGCAUCCUGUCCUCAUGGUGUCUGGGCUGGUGGUUCUGUAUGGCAACGCGGCCGUUGUGUAUCGCGCACCAUUCACCUGGAAGCAGAAAAAGAACACCUGGAAACUGGUUCAUGCUGGACUGAUGCUUUUGGCUCUGUUGCUGUCCAUCUUGGGCCUGUGUGCCGUGUUUGACUUCCACAGUGGUUCCCACAUCCCUGACCUGUACUCUCUGCACAGCUGGGUGGGCAUCUGUACCGUGGUAAUGUUUACAUUCCAGUGGGUCCUUGGCCUGGCUGGCUUCCUGUUUCCUUGUUCAACAACGUGGUUCCGUAGCACCCUGAAACCAGUCCAUGUCUGGAUGGGAAAAGCCAUCUUGGUCCUCAGUCUGACCUCCUGCAUCAGUGGUAUCAAUGAGAAACUGCUGCUUACUCUUAACGGAAGCAGCGGUGAACCUUACAACUCACUGCCUGAGGAAGCAAAGUUUGCAAAUUCCCUCGGCAUCCUCACUGUGGCCUUUGGAUUGGUUGUCUUUGGCAUCUUGUCUAGAAACAAAUGGCAGCGGCCGGACACAGAUAGUGAAAGUGUUCACCUUCUGCUCAAUGAAGACAACACAUGAGAACACUGGAGACACUGCAGGAAGAAGACAUCAAUUUGUCAUUUAAAGUACACAUAAUAAACAGGUUUUCAUUCCAAUUAGAUGGAAACUGCAUUUGAUUUCAUUGAUUAAAUUCACUGACUUGUUUUUA